CAAGAACAAGGAUAACAACAGAUACCGUGAUGGUGAUGACAACCACAAACACUAUGAUGACAAGGACAAGGAUAACCACAGACACCAGGAUGAUGACAACUACCACAAGUAUCCUCAUGAAGAAGACCACCAUAGAUAUUAUCCUGACCAUGAAGAAGAAGAAUUUAUCUCUCCAGUUUAUGCUGUUGCCUGUUAUGGAAACUCAACAUUAAGAAUGACAUUAAAGGAUGGAAUUUUAAGAGAUUCAGAUAAUAGAAUCGGUAGUAUUGUUUCCGGACAUCAAUUCCAAUUUGAUGGUCCCACCCCUCAACAUGGUGCUGUUUAUGCUGCUGGAUGGUCAAUUACUAAAGACGGUCAAUUAGCUUUAGGUGAUUCAACUAAAUUCUUCCAAUGUGCUUCUGGAAAUUUCUAUAACUUAUAUGAUGAACCAAUUGGUUAUCAAUGUCAUCCAGUCACUUUAGAUGUUGUUGAAUUGAUUGAAUGUUGA